UCAUAUUAUAUCUUUCCACUAUCCAAACUACUUGUAUAAAUAUGCACAUCCAUGUAAGAAACAUACCAGAGUCUAAAACAAUGGAGUCUAGUUUAAAUUUGAUUACUCUAGUUGCAUUAUCCAUUGUGUUGUUUUCAGCUUUAGUUCAGCUGGUUUCUGCUGAUUUCACUCAACUCUUUAAGCCCAACUGGGCACCUGAUCAUAUUGUUACUCAGGGGGAAACCAUUUGGUUAACACUUGACAAUACAACGGGGUGUGGAUUCGAGUCCAGGAGCAAGUACUUAUUUGGUAAAGCAAGUUUACAGCUCAAAUUAGUUGAAGGCGAUUCAGCUGGAAUAGUCACUGCAUUUUAUAUGUCAUCAGAGGGGCCUAAUCAUGAUGAGCUAGACUUUGAGUUUCUGGGAAAUAUAUCAGGAGAGCCAUAUCUAGUUCAGACAAAUGUGUAUGUUAAUGGCUCUGGAAAUCGAGAGCAGAGGCAUACUCUUUGGUUUGAUCCUACAACAGACUUCCAUACCUAUUCUUUCUUUUGGAAUCAUCGGUCCAUCGUGUUUCUUAUUGAUGAUAUCCCAAUAAGGAUAUUUGCAAACAAAGAGAAAAUAGGGGUUUCAUACCCUAAAGCUCAAGCUAUGGGAAUUCAUGGAUCACUCUGGAACGCCGAUGACUGGGCUACACAGGGAGGAAGAGUGAAAACAAACUGGACCAACGCCCCCUUUGUGUCCAUGUUUAGAUCCUUCAAUAUUGAUGCUUGCGAGCUUUUGCCUGAAUCCGAUGGCCUGGCCGGAAAAUGUGGCAAGUUAGGACAGUUCUGGUCGGACAAACCAGGCAUGAAUAGGCUAAACAAGCAGCAAAGAAAGCAACUGAAGUGGGUUAUAACCAACCACUUGGUAUAUGAUUAUUGUAAGGAUGUCCCAAGAUUCCUUGAGCUACCAAAGGAGUGCCUAAAGUAGCUUUAUAAUGGUGUACAUGUUUUCAUUUCCUCUUGCAACUUUUCAAGACUGUAAUAUAACUACCAAGUUUCUGGUUACAUUAAUAUUUUUUUCACUUA